CCUAGCGCGUAAGCAAACCUAGCGUUCUCGCUCUGAAAAAAUUAUGAAACCAACCACGGAACUUGGGGGCUGUGCAACACAACACGGGUCUCCCAUCUGGCUGCUCCUCCAAUAAGACGCGGGAACCACACAGCCUUCCUACACGUGUCAUACAAGGAAAAACAUUCCUCCGAUCGCCCCACAGGCGACUCGGAGCGCACGAAGUAUAUAAACCGCGCACGAGAUCUUUGGGCGGCAGCGCAACUCCUAUCGCUGAUUGACGGCUUUUUUUAUCCGAAUUCCUGCGCGGCAGCCAAGGCUUUGUGUGUGGUUUGCACAAAUUGCUUUCCUUCCAUUCAUCCUGCGUGUAGUGAAAAAAAAGUGCACAUACACGAUACGAGCGCGCAGAUGUCAGGGAGCCUCGCAGUGAGAUACUCCCAGUGCUGGAGCGCGCUGCUGAAGCGCACAGAAGCGCUGCGGAGACGUUGGAAGAGCGCGCCUUCCUGCCUGGGCUCUCGUGCCAUCCAUGUGGACAGUCCGCCUUGCAUACCCACGAUCACCACCAGCUAUGUCCAUGGCACCUCCUCCGUCUCCCUUCUCUCCUGUACCAUGGCUCAGGCCCUGCACUCAACCGUCGAGCGCUGGCCUGACCGAGAAGCAGUGGUAUUCCUUCAGGAUGGCAUUCGGAAGACCUUCUCACAGUUUCAGCAGGAUGUAGACCAGACUGCUGCAGGCCUCCUGGCCCUGGGGCUGAAGAAGGGAGACAGGCUGGGUAUAUGGGGGCCCAAUACUUACGAGUGGGUCCUAUUCCAGUAUGCCACGGCAAAGGCUGGAAUCAUACUGGUAUGUGUGAACCCAGCGUAUCAGCUGCAAGAAUUGGAGUUUGCACUGAGGAAGGUGCAGUGCAACGCUGUGGUAUGCCCAACCAAGUUUAAGACCCAGAAGUUCUAUGAGAUGCUGAAGCAGAUCUGCCCGGAGAUGGAGACAUCUGUGGCAGGAAUGUUUAAGAGUGCCCGGCUGCCAGACUUACGCAUGGUAGCCCUGACCGACAGCCGCCAGCACGGAGCGCUCCACGUAGACGAUGUGCUUCAGGCCGGGGGCAGCCAGCACCAGAAGGAGCUGGAAGAUCUACAGAAAAAAUUGUCCUUCGACGAUCCCAUUAACAUCCAGUUCACGUCGGGAACGACAGGGAGUCCAAAAGGUGCCACUUUGUCCCACCACAACAUUGUCAAUAAUUCCUAUUUUAUUGGAUUGCGCCUUGGCUUUCACUGGAGGCCACAGGUUCGAGUGUGCCUGCCAGUACCUUUGUACCAUACAUUUGGGUCUGUUGGAGGAGGGGUGGCCAUGGGAGUGCAUGGUGCAACAUUGAUCUUCCCGUCGACCGGAUACGAUAGUCGGGCCAACCUUGAGGCCAUUCAGAAAGAGAGGUGCACCUUUAUCUACGGCACCCCUACAAUGUAUAUAGAUAUGCUAGGCCAACAUGACCUCCAGAAGUUUGACCUGUCAUCAUUAGAAUCAGGAAUCAUGGCUGGAUCUCCAUGCCCAGCUGAAGUCGUGAGGAAGGUUAUAUCAGUCAUGAAAGUCAAAGAGAUGGUGAUUGCAUAUGGCACCACAGAAAACAGCCCAGUGACAUUCGUUGGCUUCCCACUGGACAACAUGGCGCUAAAGACGGAGACUGUAGGCUGCAUUACACAUCACAUCGAGGCAAAAGUUGUAGACCCCUCAACUGGUGAGAUCAUGCCCCUUGGGGCCUCUGGAGAGCUGAUGAUCAGAGGCUACUGUGUGAUGUUGGAGUACUGGGAUGAACCGGCCAGGACACAGGAGUGUAUCAGCAGAGACCGUUGGUACAAGACCGGUGACAUUGCAAGUCUGAAUGCCUUGGGGUAUUGCCGCAUCGAGGGUCGUAUCAAGGACUUAAUCAUCCGAGGAGGAGAGAACAUCUACCCAGCCGAGAUCGAGCAGUUUCUGCACACCCACCCCAAAAUUCAAGAGGCACAGGUCAUUGGGGUAAAAGAUUCAAGAAUGGGGGAGGAGGUAUGUGCAUGUAUCAAACUCAAACAGGGAGUGGACUGCACUGUAGAAGAGAUAAAAGCUUUUUGCAAGGGUCAGAUGGCACAUUUUAAGAUCCCUCACUACGUGGUGUUUGUGCAAGAAUAUCCUCUUACUGUUUCAGGAAAGAUUCGUAAGAAUGUCCUGCGUGAGCAGAUGGAGAAGACUCUAGAACUCUAAUAAGAUGAAAUCAACUGAUAAUGUAUAUUGGAGAAGAGAAUAAAGGAGAAACUUUUUUUUUUUUUUAAUAAACCACCAUUAAACUGAAUAUGGACAUGUGGGGGAACCACCUGCAUCCUAGGAAGGUUUGACAAUUCUAUGAAGCGAUCACAAUAUAAUUCUUCACCCCAUUCAUGGGGACAGACUAUUUACUACUAUAGAUGCUUGAUCUGGUUGUUACAAAAUAAAUUUAACCGAUCACAAAAUAUACAUGUGCUUUGAAGAAAAAAAAAUGUCACUUCUCUUAUUACUAACUUUACCUACUCUUCAACUGUUUACAUUUAUCUUUUACUAAUUAUUCACGCAACAACUGAAAACAAUCCCAAUACAAUAUGGCACAGAAAAUAGUUUGCCCGUAGAACUGUGGAAGGGAAACCUAUUACCUCAGCUCUAUGUUUCACUGCAGUACUUUUAAUGGGUUGUUUUGUAUUCACAGGCCCUUAUGUAUAUAUAGGUCAGUACUCACAUAUUUAGAAUUGUGAUUUUGUAAUGUUGAUAUUUUAAAUAUACCAAAAUAAAUGUGAUAAGCAAGCA